GGAGGACUAUAACAAAUUAAAGCAACUACUAGAAGACAUAUCAACAUUCCGAAGGGAUAUGAUGGUGCUAAAGGAUAAAGAAAAAGAAGAGAAACGGAACCAAGCUGAGAAUGGAAAAAGAAAGGCAGAAAUGAUCAGAAGGGCUGCCAUGGAAAAGAGGAGAGAAAGUAUGUUUACCAAUAGACUGAUGUAAUUAUUUAUCCAUUCAAAAUUGGGCAUACAUGUAUUUACUGUUUACCUAAAAUUUUUAUUUGCUACAUUUCAUACUGUAGCUUUAAAUUAUCACUGUUUAAACAAUUUUAGUUGUCUGUGGCACCUAGGUUGACUGGCUAUUAUUUGAAUGACUUGAAUCUCUGUUUUGCUAAUUUUAGUUGUUCAAUUUGUCUUCCAAAAGCAAGUAACUUAAAUGUUUUCUUAAAAAUAUUCUAUAGUAUCUUCUCCUUAUAAACCCUUGUUAAAAAUUUUAAAUUUUGAUAUAAUCCUUACUGUCUUUAGCAUAUGAUGAUAACCAAGACUCGAUUCAUUCAAGUGAAGAAGAAAGUGAAGAUGAAGAAUUGAUCAAAAAGAUGGUGCGCAAAGGUACGAAAUUUCCAUCAGAAAAUAAUGUUUUACUCUAUUGUUUGAAUGAAACAUUUGUAGAACAGACAAUGAUGUCUGGACUUGAAAAGUUUGUUGCAAACGCAAAAAAAAUGUUGAUAGAACUUUAUUUAAUCUACAGAUAGCAAAAGUAACAGACCACGGCAAACAAAGUUAACUGCUAUGGAAAUGCUUGCUAAUAAAUACGAAAAAAAAGCUGAAUUGAAAGAAAAGGAGUUGGAAAUUCGAAAAAUGGAGCUAGAAGUCGAAUUAGAAGAAAGAAGAGCAAUGUUGGGCUUAGUGCUUAGCAGGAGCAACAUGCAACAUUGAAAAGUUUAUUAUCAAAACAAAUACUUUUAUAUUCUAUUACAUUGGGUUUCAUGCACAACACUUAUAUUGUUAGUAUUUUAAGUUAAGAUGGAUAAGGAUGUCGAUUGCUACCGUUACUAUAUACUGCCUAUCUUUCGUAUUGGCAAAAUAGCUUUUAGCUACUGUUAAUUACAUGUAGUUGGUUAGUUAAUGUAGUUACUUAGGUAUGUCUCUAACACUGGUGGUUCAAGAUUAAAAAAAGAGCUU